AUGGUGGGGGUCUUGGCCAUGGCGGCGGCAGCUGCUCCCCCUCCGGUGAAAGACUACGGGAAUGAGGCAAGCAAGAAGCGAAGGAAAGACGAUGACGGAACUUCUUGCAAAACAAUCACCAAAUAUUUAUCACCAAUGGGGAAGACUGGAGACAGGGUUUUCUCUCCACCAAAAUCCAGUAAUAUUCUGGAUUAUUUUAGAAAGACUUUACCCACAAAUGAGAAAACUCAGACAGCAAAAAAGUACAAGAUAAAGUCAUCCACACCAUUGCCUGCUGACAGUGACAAAGACUGUAAAACACCUUUGGAAAUGUCCUCAAAUACAGAGAAUAAGAAGAGAGGAAAGAGACUUAAUUUAUCUCAUCAACUAAGUCAUAUUAAAACUGAAAAUGAAUCUCCAGUUGAAAUUAACAGUGAUGAUAGCAAGAAAGACUCCAGUUUAAGUAACAAUUUUGUGGAAAGUAGUACUUCUGCUUUACUCUAUAAGAAACAUGUCGAGGUACUUGCAGAAAGUAUUCAAGAUACCAAAAAACAAUCAAGCACUAUGACCUCCAAAAAAAGUUCUAAGAAAGUAAGUCCUAAACAAGGGCCCUCAAAAAAUGAUCGCAGAAAAUUGAGGAAAAGGAAGCACAGAGAGGUAAUAGAUCUAUCUGAAAGUUUACCCUUAGCAGAGGAACUAAAUCUCCUUAAAAGAGAUGGUAAUGAUAGUAAACAGAUAAUGCCUUCCCUAACUAAUGAAAUUGAAAAUACUGCAAAUGAUGCAGAAUCUAGAGAUAAUAUAACUAAAACAGCCCAGUUAAAUGAUAGUACAAUAACUGUCUCAUAUGAGGAAUUUUUAAAAAGUCACAACGAAAGUGAAGUGGAACAGGCACCAGACUCUACAGUGUCUAAUUGUAUUCCUUCUGAAACUGUUGACGAUACAGUCAAAAGUGGUUGUAUGACUGACCCAGAAACCUAUGAAAUUUCCCGACAGGUCCGCUUUAAGACAGUCACUGUUCUUGCACAAGUUCACCCCAUCCCCCCAAAAAAGACAGGGAAAAUACCCUCAAUUUUCUUGAAACAAAAGCAAGUGGAAAUGGAAAAUAGUCUGUCUGAUCCUGAGAAUGAACAGACGAUUCAGAAAAGAAAAUCUAACGUCGUUAUACAUGAGGAAGAACUAGAAUUGGCAGUGUUGGAAGCUGGAAGUUCUGAAGCUGUGAAACCAAAAUGCACUCUAGAAGAAAGACAGCAGUUUAUGAAAGCAUUUAGGCAGCCAACAUCAGAUGCACUUAAAAAUGGAGUCAAAAAAUCUUCUGAUAAGCAGAAAGAACUCAAUGAAAAAUCUUUAAAUGAGGAAGGAAGAGACAAUAAUUCUAAAAAAAUCAUGGAAAAUCCUAAUAUCCAAAUGAUUUCAAAUAAUGGCAAUUCACAGACACAUGCUGAUAAAGGAGAUUUUCCUAAAGAGAAAAGUAAAAAGCUGAAGAAAAAGAAUAAAAAAAUCUUAGAUACUGGUGCUAUUCCAGGUGAAAGUAGAGAGAGAAAUACUCAAGAGAAAGAAUCAACUUUUUCCUUUAAAGAGAAACAAAAUCAAAACAGGCUUAGAAUGAGUUUAAGACAAAAGAAAACAGAAGUUUUCAAAAACAGCACAUUACUUAACAGCAAAAACCUUGUUUGUGAAGGUACAGCAGAUGAUGACCCUCUAAAAAUUUCCUCUCCGUGUAACAAUAAGUCUUCAAGAAAAACCGGCAUACCAGUUAAGGAUAAGGUUAUACACUCUAAAGCUGAGACUGAAGACAGCUUGGUAUAUGUUUCUACACCGAAACCAAACAGAAGAUCUGUAAGAAGUAACAGCACACCUGCUACAGUAAUCAUUAGAGGUACUGAUUCUGAAGACGCACAAGACGAUAGUCCAGUAAAAGCUUCCACUCCAAAAGCAGCGAACUUAUCAGGGAAGCGUAGCUUAUAUACAGCGGAAUUAAUAACAGUAUCCUCUGAUUCAGAGAGUCCUAUUAGAAUGAAAUUCACCAGAAUUAGUACUCCCAAAAAAUCUAAGAAAAAAUCUAAGAAAAGGUCUAAGAAAUCUGAAGCAGCUGAUGAAGAUUUUGAGUCUCAGACUAGAAAGGUAAGCAGUGCUUCAAAAAAUGUAUCCAAAGCAAAACAAUUGAUUGAAAAAGCAAAAGCUUUACACAUUAGUAGGUCAAAAGCUACUGAAGAAAUAGUGACACCUUUAAGGCGUUCGUCCAGACGUCAGAUGCUCCCUGAAAGGUCAGAAACAGAAGACUCUGUAAUAACAGGUUCACGUCCUACUCCUUUAAGGCAUCCUGAGAAAAAUCAGAAGAAACUUCAGUGUCUGAAUGAUGUGUUAGGAAAAAAACUUAACAAGACUCCUAAAAAUGUCCCUGGAAAAGUGAAAGUCGCGCCUUUAUUUCUUACUAGAAAGGCUCAGAAAACAGCUGAUCCUGUCCUUGGUUUUGAUGAAAGCAGUCAAGAUGCAGCUGAAAAGCCUCAGGCUUGUGAUGUGCAGUUUAAAGCAAAGCGUGACUUUCUAAUGAGUGGUUUGCCAGAUUUGUUGAAACGACAAAUUGCAAAGAAAGCUGCUGCGUUAGAUGUGUACAAUGCAGUGAGUACCAGUUUCCAGAGCGUCGUUCAUAUUCAGCAAAAAGAUGAUGGGUGCCAUUUGUGGCAUUUGAAACCACCCACUUGUCCUCUUUUAACUAAACUUAAAGAACUGAAUACUAAAGUAAUAGAUCUCUCAAAAUGUGUCAUGGCUCUUGGUGAAUUUUCAACAUUAAAUUCAAAUUCAAAAAGUAAUAAUUCUGCUGUUGUGUUUGUGGGGAGAAGGAAGGAUUUGACUGAAGAAGUACGAAAUCUUUUGCUGGAGGAAAUUAGGUGGUCAAAUCCCGAGUUUUCUUUGAGGAAAUACUUCCCUUUGCUUCUAAAAAAGCGAACUGAGCACCAGGUACUUUCCGAGUGUCAUCGUAAACAAGAAAGUCCAAAACUAGAGCCCGAUGUCAGUCGAAAAGAAACCAAAAGGAAACGAGUGGAAAUGGAAAAUCAUAAAUCCAAAAGAAAGAAACCAAAUGAGUAUUCAGAAAGUCCAAAAAAGAUAAGUGGGAAACUAGAAGAACUUGACAAAAGAAACAACUCCAGUGGGAUAAAGCUAGAUUCUUCCAAAGAUUCUGGAACUGAAGACAUGCUUUGGACAGAAAAGUAUCAACCUCAGAACUCCGGUGAACUCAUAGGCAAUGAGCUAGCUAUUAGAAAGUUACAUAGUUGGUUGAAAGACUGGAAAAGAAGAGCUGAAUUGGAAGAAGGACAGAAUUUGAAGGGAAAAAGAGAUGAGAAACAGGAAGAUCCAUUGGAUGGCAUAGACUUUAAAGGCAGUUCAGAUGAUGAAGAGAAUCGUCUUUGCAAUACUGUUCUUAUAACAGGGCCAACAGGAGUGGGGAAAACUGCUGCGGUAUAUGCUUGUGCUCAGGAGCUUGGAUUUAAGAUAUUUGAAGUGAACGCCUCUUCUCAGCGCAGUGGUAGACAAAUUCUGUCUCAGCUGAAGGAAGCUACUCAGUCCCAUCAAGUAGACAAGCAAGGUGUAAACUCACAAAAACCCUGUUUUUUUAAUAGCUACAACAUAGGCAAGUCACCAAAAAAAUUAAUCUCCCCCAAGAAGGUUGUUACAUCACCAAGAAAACUUCCUCCACCAUCACCACAAAGUAGUGGACCAAAGCGAGUACUUCCACCUAAAACUUUGGCAAAUUAUUUUAAAGUGUCUUCUAAGCCAAAAAAUAAUGAACAAAUAGGAGCACUUCUGGAAAAUAAUAAAGGAAUCAAAAAUUCUUUUGAACAGAAACCAAUUAUUCAGACUAAAUCUACAAACACAACUAAUAAAAAUGUCAAAGAGUUUGGGGCUGAGGAACCCAACAGGAAAAAUGCAACAUCUCUCAUUCUGUUUGAGGAGGUUGAUGUCAUUUUCGAAGAAGAUGCUGGGUUUUUGAAUGCAAUCAAAACAUUCAUGGCAACCACGAAAAGACCUGUAAUCCUUACGACAAGUGAUCCAACAUUUAGUUUAAUGUUUGAUGGCUGCUUUCAAGAAAUUAAUUUUAACACUCCUUCACUGCUAAAUGUUGCCAGCUACCUACAGAUGAUCUGCUUGACUGAGAAUUUUAGAACUGAUGUAAAAGAUUUUGUAACAUUGCUAACUGCAAAUACUUGUGAUAUCAGAAAAAGUAUCCUUUACUUACAAUUCUGGAUUAGAAGUGGAGGUGGAUUUUUAGAAGAAAGGCCAUUAUCUUUUUGUCGAGGAAAUAGCAGAAAUGUACAACUUGUUUGCUCUGAAGAUGACCCUGAUUCCCAAAAUAAUGCUAAAAAUACUAAAAGGAAUCCAACAGACUUUCCCAAAUGUGACACUGGCUGUGCUGAGACCUUGUUUGGCCUUAAGAACAUUUUUUCCCCAUCUGAAGACUUAUUUUCAUUUUUGAAGCACAAAAUCAGAACAAAAGAAGAAUGGCAUAAGCUCAUCCAGCUUCUUACAGAAUUCCAAAUGCGGAAUGUAGAUUUCUUAUAUAGUAAUCUUGAGUUCAUUCUACCAUUACCUGUUAAUAUCAUUCCAGAAACAGAAAACUUUUCUGGUUCAUCAGUAAGUGUGGACACCAAUGCAGCAACAAAAAACAUGAAAUGUCUUGCUAGGAAACCUUCUGAAGGAGAGAAGCCAUUGAAAAAGUCACAAAAAAAGAAACAUAAGAAAAAGAUGGUAAUUUUAGAUGAUAGUGACUUAUUUGACACCGAAUUGGACUUUUCUGAUGAAUUUAUUAGCCUUUCCUCUGCAUCUUCUCCAAAUUCAGAAGAAAGCAAAGCCAGAGAUAAAGAAAGCAAUCCAGAGACAAAGAAACUAAACAAAUGUCUGGAGUCAAAAGUUGAAUCUAUACCUCAUUCUCCUAAAACACCAGCAGAAAAAAAAUAUUCUGUCCUUGUUUCUCACUGUUUAAAUUCUCUCACUGAGUUCAUGGACAACAUGUCCUUCUUAGAUGCCCUUUUAACUGAUGUAAGGGAACAUAGGGAAUUUGGUAAAAAUGAUUUUGGCUGGACAAAUGGAAAGGUUAAAAGUGGACUUUGUGAUGAGUUUAGUCUGGAGAGUAGUGAUGGAUGGACUUCUCAAAGCUCUGGAGAAUUAAAGGCAGCUGUAGAAGCUCUCAGCUUUACUAAAUGUUCUUCUACUAUUUCAAAAGCAUUGGAAACCUCCCUGAAUUCUUGCAAGAAAGUAGGAAAAGAUCCAACAAAAGAACUUACUUUUUAUGUUUCACAAAAGCGCAACAAUGUACACUUCAGUCAGUCAGCAGCUAAUUUAGACAGUGCUUGGAAGAGGAUAGCAGUCAUCAAAAGUGUGUUUUCUAGCCGAUCUCUUCCGAACCUGGGUAAUAGACAAGCUAGUAUAAUAGAAUACUUGCCAACUCUUCGAAACAUUUGUAAGACUGAGAAGCUAAAAGAACAAGGAAAAAGUAAAAGAAGAUUCCUGCACUAUCUUGAAGGAAUUCAUCUUAACAUUUCAAAAGAGACUAUGAACACUUUGGCAGCUGGCUUCCCUUAA